GAUUGUAUUAUAAUAAAUACCUCUUUGUCGUCGUCGCACAGUCGUCCAUUUUGCACUUUUUUUCUUUGAGUUAUACUGAAAAAUAAUCAAGUUUCGGUAAUUAAUAUUUUACUAUUUCUGAAAUAUUUUGUGAUUUAAUUGUACAUUUGUUCUCAUUUCAUUAUUAACUGUUUCUAGUUAUUAAAACGUUCAAUAUCAUUUUUGCCCUCCUAGUACAUAUUAAUGAACCGUAGUAUGCACGUUUUUCCGGGUUGAUUUCGUAAGAUUUUAGUUUAAAAUUUUGUCAGCAAACCAAUAUGCUAUUUUUGUAAAAAAGUGUUAUUUGUGAUGAAGUGAAAUUGGAACUGUAGUAUCAUCAAUGUUUAUAAAGAAAGAUCAAGAAUCAGGUUAUGCGCAUAUGAACGGGGAUGUUGGUAAAAUACCAGCCGGUCAUCAGAUGUAUCCGACGACACAUGAGCAUUACAAUAUGUCAGUGGUUGGUGGAACUCCUGCCGGAGAUUAUGGAUUAGUGAUGAAUGGCAUUGAGUCUUCAGAAUCGCACGGAGAGCAUCAAUCGACAACGACAUCAUCCAGAGGAUCCAGCAGUAGUAACGCCGCCAAUAUGAAUUAUAAUGCAGAUAGCGCGGCGUUUCAUCCGGAUACCGGCAUUCCACUCGACAAAUUAAAACAAAUGCUUUCAACUCAACUAGAGUAUUAUUUUUCUAGGGAAAAUCUUGCGAACGAUACGUACCUUCUAUCGCAAAUGGACAAUGACCAAUACGUUCCAAUCUGGACAGUUGCAAAUUUCAAUCAAGUUAAACGUUUGACGAAAGAUAUCAAAUUGAUAACUGAAGUACUCAGAGAAUCACCAAACGUGCAAGUGGACGAAGAGGGACUCAAAGUACGACCAAAUCAUAAACGAUGUAUCGUAAUUUUACGAGAAAUACCUGAUAGUACUCCUAUAGAAGAUGUUAAGGGUAUAUUUUCUGGCGAAAAUUGCCCGAAAUUAGUAUCUUGCGAAUUCGCUCAUAAUAAUUCGUGGUAUGUCACGUUCGAAAACGACGACGAUGCGCAGAGAGCUUACAGAUAUUUAAGAGAAGAAGUACGCGAAUUUCAGGGUAAACCGAUAAUGGCACGUAUCAAAGCCAAACCAAUGAACAGACUACCAAUAAGUUCGGUGCCUAGUGCGGUAGUUAAUAUGAAGAACGGCUAUCGUACGCCGCCCGGUACCGCAACUCCUGUCGGUGCUCCAGCACCGGCGGCUAGCGCCGUUUUUGAGCCGGCUCCGUCUUACCAGCCACCGCCACCGCCGCCGCCUCAUACAUCACAUCAGAGAUUUCUGUAUACCAACAGCAGCACGCUCCCUCCUGCCAUUAAUUACGCUAACCAGUUGCAGAUUUACGCCUUCCAGCAACAACCUUUUUAUCAUCCUAGUAUGCUGCCACAUUGGGGACCUACCGGUCAAGCGUAUUUCGAUAUUGGUAGCGUAUUUCCAGUUAAUGGGCUCGCCCAACCAACGUCUUUCACUAAAGCUCAAAAUCCUCGGUAUGCUGCUAGAACCAGCAGUAGGUUGGUAUCCAGUACUAGAAGUAAAGCACGUCAAAAUAGUGAUUAUAGAAACAGCAUAUCGGAAAAUAGCCUUACUUCCAGCCCGGUAGGGUCCAGACCAAAUACCAAAUCUUCAUCGAGUGGCGGCGGCGGUGGCAGCGGAGGCAUCGUGAAUAGCAACAGUGGAAGCUCGAACACUUCGUCGUCGACUGGUAACCAAAAAACGCACGCGGAUGCGUCGCGAAAUGGUACCACGUCAAACGGACCGACGUCGUCUGAAAGCAGCCAUCUUCCGAAUAAAAAUUCUCCCGAUUCGAAUCCUUCCACUAGCACAGCAUCUCAGCAACGAGUGGCUGUGACUUCAAAUUCUCAAGACUGCACUCAACAGUAUAUCCAAUCAAAGGAUGCUGCCUUACCGCCAAGGCGUAGAAAAAAAGAAGAUGAUACGAGUCACAAUAACAAUCACAUUACUAGUAGGACUGCGGAAGGCGGUAGAUCUUCUGGCCAUAAAUUCGAUUUGGAAGCCGACGCAUUUCCUCCUUUACCAGCUCACAUUGUUGAGACUCCUUCAUCCGUUUCAACGUCUACUCCAGCUAACUCUACGGUGAUACCUGACCAGUCGGACAAUCAUUUGAACGACGAACCGCAGCAGUUAACCUGGGAAAAUGGAAUAGUUCCUGUAAAUAAUGCCACAGCUGGCUAUAAGUCAAAGACUGAAGAUACGCUUAACUCGAAUGGUGUACUGACUGAAGAUACGGAAGAAUCAUCACAAUUUUUACAGAAGUCAGGUACCAACGCCUCAUCGCAGAUGCAAAUUAAUUAUAAGUCUGGUUCGAAGACCGAUGUCUCUAGUACUACGAAAAGAACGCAAGGUUCUGCUGAUUUUAGCACGAUAACGUCGUCGUCGUCGUCGUCAUCGACGUUAUCGUCGUCCAACGCAUCAAAAAGUAAUAGUUACGCGAAUAGCUCGAACAGCAACAGCAGCAGCAGUAGCAGUGGCGGCGCCGGCAGUACCGUCAGCGCCGGCAGCGGUGCCGGUAAGCUGAACGGAUGCAGCACGAAUGCGACGUCCGCUUGCCCUAACCAAAAAGCAGUGGCCAGCGGUAGCGUAAACGGUACCGCGACUUCGUUUAGCAGCGCAGCCAGCGGAGGCGGUGCCAGCGGCAGCAACAGCUCUAGUACCGGCAGCUCUCAAGUACCAAAAGGCGUUCCUCCCGUUUGUCCGGCGAAUGCUAAUAGCGAAACAAGUAGCAGCGGACAACGUCUCAGUUAUGCUCAGGUAGCGCAACACCAUAAAGAAAAGUCGGAAAUCGAGAAACUGCAACAGAAUGCCGCCAGUGCGACCGCUGCUCCGGUUACGGCUGCGACGACACCAGCUGCGGCAACAUCGAACGCUACCGCCAGCGCGACGUCGCCUCCCGCAACUGCGGCUGCUGCCGUUAAUAGUCACCCAGUAACGAAUAGUGCCAAUACUAAUUCUCAGCCGUCGCCGUCAGCGUCCAAAACGACGCACGUCGCCGGCGUUAGUAAUUCUACCAAUGCUACGAGCUUCGUCGAUAACGAAAAGAAAGAUGGCGUUCAUACGCAAUCGACCAAACAAGGUGCAAAUAAUGGCGGUAGUCAACGCGAACGUUCUGGUAGAGGUAGUCGUCAAAAUCAAACCACUAGCGAACGCGAACGUGAGAAAGAUCAUCCUCCCGGUAAGAAUUCGAGACGAGAAAGACGAGAACAUGGUUCGAAAUUUUCGCAAACAUCUUAGAAUGAUUACAGCUGAUUUGGUAGAUCAGAUGCGCGCAAAUAAAUGUAAUAUACUAACUAUUUCCUGAAACAAGAAAUGAAAAAUAAAAUCGAAGAUUUUAAAGGAAAAUAAAAGAAUUAUAUAUGCAUUUGAAAAGAACGAAAAAAAAAGGGAAAGAAAUUGCCGGUAAAAAAAGAAAAGAAGAUACAAUUACACUCGUGAUUCGCAGACACCAUCACUAUUACCACUACCACGUAAUGUACAUACGAAUAUGCGAAGGAUAAAGAAAUUGUUCCAAUGUUCAAAUGGAAGAUAUGUUAGGAAAAGCGUUUGUUGGAAAUUCGUGUUUUCGUUCUCAUGUAUAUUGCGAAGUCAAGAAAAGAAAAAUAAGUAUUGACGGCACCUAGUGUCCGCGUUAUAUUUUCAUAUUUGCAUAUUGUGGUCUGACAGUUACCCCGUAUUACUUUACGCCUUUUGUUUAUAUAUAAAAUUAUAAUUACCUGUUAGUGGUUAAUUUUUUGUUCUUGUUUUUCUCUUUAUAUACUAUAUACUAUUUACACCGUGCGUCCGCCCUCCCUUUUCCCUUUAUUCUUAUUACCUCCCUGAUCCUCCCCCGCGAACCUCCUCCCGCCCCCCCCCCAUUCCUCCUUCACUGUUAACGAAUUAAUUUCAUAUUAUAUUGGUGACUUAUACAUUUAAAUCGGUUUAACUACGUUGUUAGAUGUUUUUUUUCUGUUUUAUUUAAUAUUUAUUUAUUAUUACGAUUAGCUAGAAUUAAUUAUUAAUAUUUACUAUCGAUUAUUUUAUUUUUUUUAAAAUUUGGUUUCGUUUUUGUUUGAUUUUUCUCUUUCUCUGUCUCUCUCUCUCUCUAUUUCGUUCGAUGUAUAUCUAAUAUGAUUAUAAUUUCGACACUAGACAGCAACUAAAGCGAAACUAAUCCGGGAUGAAGGUGGGAAAACAUGCGAAGUCGUAUUGUAAAUUUACAUAAUGGUGCAUUUUUUCGUCUCGAAUAACUUGUACGUGAUUUAUUAUAUGUGAUUGAAUUUAAGAUAAAAAAUGAAAAUAAGAAACGAGACGAAAAUGAAGUGAUUUUUGUAUUCGCUUGGUAUGUGUACUCAGAAUUUUGGGUUAUUUUAUUUUUUUUUUUUAAUAUAAUAAUUUUGAAUGAUCAAAUGAAACGACAAUAUUGUUACGUGUGUGAUUUAUAACGUUGCUGUUGAAAUGUCCGAUGUUUGAUUUUUCUUUACUUUUUUUUCUCGUUUUAAUAUGUCGGGGUGGUUAGUCGAUUUUGUGUUUUAGUUCUUUUCUUUUUGGAAAUUCGAUUUACAAAAAUAUAUGUUUAGUAUUUUUGAUUUCGUGUAAAUAGGUGUAUGUUUGUAGCUGUUUUUUUUUCUGUUUUUGUUUCGAGUCAUGAGUAAUCUUUUUUUUUUAAUCAACUACAUGGGAGAAAUUUGAACGAUUUGUACGUGAAUUUGAUCAUUUUUAAUACCGCUGCGAUCAUUAUAAUAUUGGAAUGUUUUAAGUUUUCCUUUAUUUUUUCAUAUUUUUUUCUGGUACUCGAAAAUCUACUUCGAAUGGAAAGAGAAAAAAUAAGUUAUGGUAAAAAUUACACCGAACAACUCUCGUAUUUUAGUUAAUUCUUCUUCGAAUCGUUAAUAUUAUCAUUUUUCAAAUGUGCCUUCCUUGUGUUUUUUUGUUUUAUAAAAGCAUAACAAUAAUUAAUUAUAAUCGAUAUAAUUAUACACGACGAUUUAUAAUACUUAUGGAUAUAAUUAAAUUGAAAAUAUGAAAAAAAAAAAAUGAAUAGUUUAAAGAUACUUUAACGAACCGAAAAUCGGUUGAAAAUUAUAUUAUAAUUUUGGCUGUUUCGUUCAUCGGUCGUGAAAGGACGUUUUAUCAUUUUUAUUAAUCGAAUAUUAUAUAUUUUCGUUUUUUUUCCUCCUCCUUCUCCUCCUUUGAAUAAUGCAAAUAUUAUGUUUAAUGAUUUAUAAUUUUUUUUUUUGCCGAAUAUUCGUGUAUACCUUUGUAUUUUCGAUAUGUGAAGGCGAUACUGUUAUUAAUGAAUCCUCGAGAGGUUUCUACGAUUUGUGCAAAUUUAAAUUGGUGUUUUUUUCUCCCCCCCAAUUAUUAUCUGUUGGCACAAAAGUACCAGAGAAUCGCUUUUACAUGUGUGACUAUCAUAUACAUGUUCUUUUUGUAUCAUUUCUCAAUUUAAUCGUAAGUUUUUUUUUCUAAUUCGAGAGCUGCACGUGGUAAUGCCAUGUUUGUGUAUUGCGCCGAUUUAAUUUUAAAGGCGUUCGUGUGUUUAAUUUUUUCUUAUGUAGAAUUUAAUCACCAAAACUAAAUCUGUAGUUACUACUUCGCGGUUACUAUUUUUAUUAUUAGAAUUUUUAAAUUUUAGACUCAGUAUACUGUAUGUAUCUUAAAUAGACAAGUAAUCUCUCGUGACGAGUACUUGAACGAAUGUUUCCUUGCUUUGCGAACACAUCUUUAUUUGACUUUCGAUUAUUAGGUUUUUUUAACGCGUCUUUUUUUGUUUUUCUUUUUUUAAUUAAUUUUUUUUCGCAAAUAUAGGAACAGAUUUAACGGGGUUAAAACGAACACGAUCGUUUUAAGACUUCUUUCCUUAUGUUUUUUUUUUGCUUAAAUUGUUCUUAGAAACAAGUUACUAACAUUUUAUGAUUUUUUUUUUGUUGUUGUUGGACGAAUAUUGAAACUAUGUUUUCGUUAUUGAAACGAAUAUUUUCCAUUAUUUUAGGUUUUCAUGACAUGCUUUUUAGAGAUUUGAAAAUGACUGACUGUUUUUGUUUUGUAGGCUUCGUUUUGGGUUUUGAAUGCAGGGAAAUAUUGCGUGGACGGAUUCGUGUAUGUAUUUGUUUUUUGUUUUUUUUUAGUUAUAUGACGGAUUUCGUUUAUGUCGGAUUGGAUUGAACAAAUGUGACCUGUGCUACGAAAAGAGACCUCUGGACAGCAUUAAAUUUUUUGAAUUUUCGUGUUUAUAAGCAAUGUGCAGUUGAGGGUUGCGUCAUUCGAAAGAACGUCUUUUUCUUUUAUAAGAAUUACCAAAAAAAAAAAAACGAAAAACACUUUUUUGGUCCAGAAGUCCCUUUUUGUAGCACGGGUCACAAAUGAUGAUGUUAGAAAAGAUGAGGUUGAAAUUUUGUGCCAUUUAAGCAUUUCCUCCCCUUUUUUAAAUCUUAAUUUCGGGUUUACGCCGCAUUUACCUGGAUUGUGUACGACGAAGAGUUUAAAUAUGUGGUGAAUUUGUAGAAUAUUGUGGAAUGAUGAAUGUUGUAUUGGUUGGAUAACAGAUGUGUGGAGUAUGCUUACGAGUAUAAGCGAUACUGACGAUGAAAAAUGAAAAGAGGAUUUUUAGCGAUUGUGGAAUUUUGAGAGAUGUGGCCGAUCCACUUCGAAAUUCGACUGUGUAUUUGAAACUACGAUGGUCUAAUUUUCGUAUUCGAGUCUUCAUAGAAAUUAUUAAAGUAACUGAAGAGCUCUAUUAAUGCACGUAUUUUGUUGUUUUCUUAGUUGCACGUGUUAAUAUUCGAUUAAUUUUUCUCUGUUUUGGAUUUGUAUCAAAAGUCGAUCGAAAUGUGUGGACGUGGAAAUGUGAUUUUGCAAUCUGUGGUGUUUUUGGUGUGUGUGAAUGGAAUUCUUCAAUCAUUGAAAAUAUUUCAGUAAUUACUGCCAGAGGUGGAAGUCGCUUGUCGGAGAAUUUGAGAAAUUGUGUGGGAGAAAGAGCUUGGUAUUUUUUUUUUUUUUAAAUAAAAUCAAAAUGUGUUUGAAGUUUUCAAAUGCUUUUGUUGGAGAGCAUGAAAAGUUCAAUCAGGGAAAAAAAUUGAUGAAUUUUCACCAUAAUUGUUCUGGAUUGUCAGAUAUUUUUUUUCAACGUAGAGAAGGAAAGGUUUUAACAUUUUUUUUGGCCAUGGUCAAAUAUGACAAAUGUUUGCUUUUAAUUUUUUUUUUCAAUUAGGAACCUAAAUAAUGCUUGAAAUGUAAAGACGAAAUGAAUGUUUUUUGUGCGUUCACAACUGUCGCCUUCUCCUGACCGCAUUAGACACAUCUACUGUUUCAUUUUAUUUUUGUAAAUCAGCAAUCAAGAACAUAAAAUACUACAUCUGAUCAUUUUUUUAAAUUUGAAAAUUUACCUUAUAGGAAAAAAAUUACUUGCUUUUUAAUAUGAAAUCACGUCAGAUUAUUCACCCUGUUGCUUUUCUGUUUUUUCAAGAUGGAUUAAUGAUAAUUUCAAAUUCAACUGCCAUGUUUCUCCUCCUAAAAUUCCUUGUUCUGUUGAAAUAAUAAUUUUUUUUGUGCUCAGAUACAACAAAAUACUCGUAAAUCCAAUUAUCAAAAAAAGAAGAAAAAAGAAAAAAAAAUUACCUACAUUAAUUUGGUCAAAUUUUUAAACUACAAUAAAUCUCAACCCGUCGAUUCGAUUUCGAAAAAAAAUCAACGAGCCUUCUUCCUCUACACGUCCUACACUUUGACUUGGCUAUUUCCUUAGUAAGCUCUUGAUCAAUGAAAAAAUAAGAAUGGUGGAAAUCAGUAAAAAAUAAUCUUUAAUGUGUUGAUGUUUUUGGCUGACAUUCAAUGAAAUUACAAGUACAUACAAAGGAACAGAUAGAAUUUUAAUUGAAAAAUAAUAAUAAUAAUGAUAAUUAAGUACAUAAAUCAGAAAGAGCUCUUAAAAACUAGAAUCUCUAGCUCUCUUGAGAAAACCCACAUUAAGUUGACCAAAUUCGCCUCUGGCAAGUAUUGGAAUUUUCUCAAAAGGUUGUGUUUGUAAUUAAUCAAAUUUAAGAUGUUGUGAUGAUCAUAUAGAGCAAAUUUGAACAAGAAUGUUGAUCGAUAACGAACAAAAGAGUAUAGGAAACAAGAAAUCCGUCAUAUACUAUCAUCAAAGGUGGUUUAUUUUUAAAAAUUCGACCAUUUUGACGUCAUUUAGGCGUAAAUGUAGUAAUUAUGAGGUUAUUUCUCUCGUCGAAUGGUUAUAGCAACCGACCAACGAACCACCGAGGACGUGAUGAUGAAAGGAAAAAAAUCUCCAUAUUAAUUAUUUUUAUCUGGUUCCUUUUUAUUAAGUUAUUCGAUUUACUUUACGUGUAUUUUAUGUAUAAUAAUAUAAAAAUAGGGGGGAAAUACAAAAAAUUUUGAAAAUAUUAUAGAAAAAAACUGCCAUACGCACCGUUCACGCUUAUUAACGCCGUAGGUUUUUUUUAUUUAUUUUUAUUUCGUUUAGGUUUUGUUUGGUUUCUUUUUUUCAACGAGUCGGUAUAACUUACUGGUGUAUUCGUGUUAUUUGUUCGACUCGAUGCCAAUUUAAGGACACAUUCGUUGAGAAUUUUGAUAGAUACGAAUGGUUUGAACGGUGUUCUUUUUUAUUAUUAUUACUAUAUAACGAGAAAAAGUGUGUAUUAUAAUGUACAUAGUUGUGAUUUCAAAUGCUUAAAUAAUUUAAAGAAAAAAAAUUUUAUCAUCGACACGAAUUCUGCGAAAAAAUAAAAUUCAUAGGUACCGAAGAGAAUAUUUUUUUAAAAAACACGUUCGAAGUGUGGCUCGAACGUGUAUUUCGUGACGAAAGAAUGAUAACAAUUUUAAAGGAGGAUAAAAAAAAAUACCUAGGUAUCUAUCGUUUAAUGAGCAUCAAGACUGAAUCUUUAACAAAAUGUUUUCUUUUUAAGCAUUUUCGCAGUUUUCGUCAAUAUUUUUAACGUUUUUAGUAUGUUUAUCGUGUUUUUUUUUCUCUUAAGUUAUAUAGCUAAAUAUAUACGAAGUGUGUGUGCGUGUUAGUGCGCGUGUGUGGGUGCGUUAUAAUUAGCAUAUCCGAAGGAAAAUUAUCCAUUUUUACUUUUUAAAUUUUUUUUUUCUCGUCAAAAAAUACGAAUAUGCGAAAUAUUGAAGUUACCCGAGUAUUGUACGCGAUGGCGGCGAAGCGAAUAUGUACAGAAAGUUGACCAAAAUUAUGCGCGACCGCGGCAUCGUCCAUAGACGAUUUCUUUUUCUUACUACCAUAAUGAAGAAAAAUUAUCUAAUUAAUUAAUCGGUCGCGUAUAUGGCAACAUUGUAUUCGCAUUUAUAAAGAAAAAUUGACAGCUGAUUGUAUUAAAUUUGGUAACCGAAAACCGUGGUAAAAUCUUUUAUCCUUUCUAUUUUCUCUGUAUACCUAGUCUACGAUAUAACAAUCGGGCAAACGUGUUGUUUUUUUUUUGUUUUUCGUUUAUUAUUAUUAUUUUUUGUUUAUUUUUUAAUUUUGUCAGUCAUUAAAUGCUGAUAUAAAAUGUUAUAUUGCAGUUUGUUGUUUGGUAUUUUUCGAAAUUACGUGUGUAAAUAACGUUGUUACUUGUAAUUUUUUUUUUAAAGGAGGAAAAAUAUGUGAAAGGUUGUAUCUCGCGAAUAGUUUUCCAAAAAAAAGAAGAGAAAAUUGUUAUGUAAAAUGACGUAUAGAUUUUUUUGUCUUAUCGAUUGUGUAUACAUAUUAUAUAUAUACAUUUAUUAUCAGCGCAUUAAUAAUGCCAAGAUAUUGAGAAAAUAAUCCGAAUACGAUUUUUUUUUUUUUGUUAUUAAGUUAACGUUUAAACAGUUCUGUGAUAUUAACGAAGUAGUAGAAAUAGUCGAAUAUGUACGGAAAUGAUGAAAUUUUAAAAAUCUAUGUCAAUAAAUCGAUGGCUUAUGAGACCGAAAUCUAAUAUGUUACUCGAGGCCGCGAACGAGUAACAGGAAACAUUUCACAUGUAGCUGCUUUUUUACCAAUAAUUGUGUUGUUUUUUUUUCAAAUGGAGGGAAAAUUCGUCUCGUGCUUUUUUUGUUUUCGCGCUUUAGCCAAUCACCGCUGUUGUCCUAUUUGUUAUUCUACUCUCGUCUUUUUUAGUAAAUGUGAAAUUUUAUUUGUAAAUUUUCCCUCGCUUUGGUACUCUACGUUGUAUUUAGUCUACGUUGAUAAUUAAAUAAAUCAAGUCACAUUGUCAGCAAAUGUUUCUAGCUCGGAAAAUCUUGCCCUCUAAAAAAGUAAAAUGAUACCGAAAGUAGAAUCGAAUUAGCCGUUUGGAAGUUUUUUUUUUUGGAAAGCUUAGAGAAUGUUAAUUUAUUUUGCGUUCAGCAUAGAAAAAUAAGAAAAAAAAUUCAUGCCUUUACACGAGUUUGAUUCUCUAUAAGCAAAUUUUGCAAAAUUCGUCAAAUUCAUGUUGUAUUUAAAUGCAGUUUGUUUUUUAAAUGUAUGCUAUAUUAUUAUUAAACAUUACUUGUUUAUUUUUAACAAAAUGUAUGGUAUUUGUAAAAUUUCUAAAUUUUCAUUACAAAAAUUUGAGACUUGUUCUUAUUUAUAAUACAAAUGUUUACGUGUAACUUUUAUAUUAUAAUAACGUUAUUUCGAGAAGUGUUUUGUUUUCUUUUGCGGAUUUUAUGUGAGCUUUUGAUUUGGGUUCUUUUUUUUCUUUUUUUUUUCUUUUUUUUUCUUCAUUGGUUAUAAUACAUAAUGUGUAAUAGAUGAUAUUACAUGUGUUGUUGUUUUCUGAAAUGUGUACACGUAAUAAAGAUAUAUUUCUCUUUGUUGUAA